GACGUCUGUUGUUCGCCCUCCUGGUUCCGAGACGUUCAGGGUCUGCUGUGGACUGACAGACGGAGGGACGUGCCCCCACCGACAGCAGAUGUCGAUCAUUCACCCCGUCUUAAACUCGGCUAACACCACCCACGAAUGAAGAUUAAGCGGUAUGCCAAAGGAAAAAUAUGAUCCUCCGGAUCCUCGCCGAUGUUUUACCAUCAUGUCAGCCGAGGAGGCAGCCAAUGGCAAGAAGUCUCAGUGGGCUGAGUUGGAGAUAUCUGGGCGAGUGCGUAGUCUGAGCAGCUCGCUGUGGACACUGACCCACCUGACGGCGCUCCACAUCAACGACAACAACCUGACACGUAUCCCGCCCGACAUCGCCAAGCUGCCCCGUCUGGUCUAUCUAAACCUGUCAUCCAAUAAACUCCGCAGCCUGCCCGCAGAGCUGGGUAACAUGGUAACUCUCAGGGAAUUGCUUUUAAACAACAAUCUUUUACGAGUUCUGCCUUAUGAACUUGGGAAGCUUUUCCAGUUACAAACGUUAGGACUGAAAGGAAACCCUUUGUCACAAGACAUCCUCAACUUAUACCAGGAGCCUGACGGAACGCGGAAGCUUUUGAACUACAUGCUUGACAAUCUGGCAGUGCAUCCAGAGCAGCUCCCCCAAAGACCGUGGAUCACCUUACAAGAACGAGAUCAAACGAUCCCUACAGCUGCCUUCACUGUCAUGUCCUACAAUGUGCUGUGCGACAAGUACGCCACGCGGCAGCUGUACGGCUACUGCCCCUCUUGGGCUCUCAGCUGGGAGUACCGCAAGAAGGGAAUCAUGGAGGAGAUCAACAGCUGCGACGCCGACAUUGUCAGCUUGCAGGAGGUGGAGACAGAGCAGUAUUACGCUUUCUUCCUGGAGACGCUGAAGUCACGAGGCUACGAUGGCUACUUUUGCCCUAAGUCCCGAGCCAAGCUCGUGUCGGAGCAGGAAAGGAAGCAUGUGGACGGCUGUGCGGUCUUCUUUAAGACGGACAAGUUUACCUUGGUCCAGAAACACACGGUGGAGUUCAACCAGGUGGCCAUGGCCAACUCUGAGGGCUCCGAAGUGAUGCUCAACAGGGUGAUGACCAAGGACAACAUUGGUGUAGCGGUGCUGCUUGAGGUCCACAAGGACCUGUUCUCCGGUGGCGUGAAGACGGUUCCUGAGAGGCCACUGGUGCUGGUGGCCAACGCCCACAUGCACUGGGACCCCGAGUACUCAGACGUGAAGCUAAUCCAGACGGUCAUGUUCCUGUCUGAGCUCAAGAGCAUCGCAGAGAGGGCGGCAGGCGAGUCGGGCGCAUCUUCCAUCCCCAUUGUGUUGUGCGCCGACCUCAACUCGCUCCCCGACUCAGGCGUGGUGGAGUACUUAAGCAACGGCGGAGUGGCCGACAACCACAAAGAUUUUAAGGAGCUGCGAUACAACGAGUGCCUCAGCAACUUCAGCUGCAGCAACGGCGGCAACAGCAACAGUAGCAGCAACAGCAGUGGCAGCGUCACGCACAGCUUCCAGCUCAAGAGCGCCUAUGACAGCCACGUGAUGCCUUACACCAACUACACGUACGACUUCAAGGGUGUGAUUGACUACAUCUUCUUCUCAUGUACGCACAUGAGCACGCUGGGCGUGCUGGGCCCGCUGGACGCCCACUGGUUGUCCGACAACAACAUGACAGGCUGCCCGCACCCCCACGUGCCCUCGGACCACUUCUCCCUGCUGGCACAGUUGGAGCUGCGACCCCCGCCGCCGCUGCCACCCACAUGCCUCUCCUCUCCCUCCUCCUCGUCCACAUCAUCACCGCACCAGGUCAACGGCCUCCACCUACCACCUGUCCACAGGUAGUGCUGCCAAAAGAAGUAGAAGAAGAGUCCCCUUAUUUUUUAACAUGCCCGCCCCCUCCUCACCGAAAGGACCCUGUACAGUUCAUAUCAAAUCGUCAUCUUUUGGAAGUAUUUGCCAGAUGUUGCACACUGAAAAUGUUUUAGUUCUAUUUUUCUCCCCUUCACAAAAGUUCAAAACCAAAUGUUGCCACAGUGACCUCAAUAACAUUUUUUUUAAAACAUAGUUUAUUGAAUAAACACUGAAAUAAUG